GUUGUACUUCGUACCUCUUCCCUCAAGCCGUGCACCUCUAAUGCUCUCCAGCUUUCUACUGUUCUUUGUUUAACCCAUAUCGACUAGAGGAUGGCAAGUCAUGUCGUCUACGUGCCAGAAGGCACCGCCGAUCAAGACGACAUUCUGGAGGCGCAUAAUAACGAGGUGAACCUUCAACUCGAAGGCGAGAUUCUACAGGAUCAACAACGUCAAGAAGUGAUUCGAAAACGUACUUGGGAAGUGUACAAAGACGUUUGGGACCAAUUCUACAACUGGGAACCUGGCGCCUGUGAGCAGACCAUCGUUUCCCUUGCAGCCGUUUCGCCAUACGAGGAGCGCCACUCCGACGACGAGUACCUAUUCGACGAACCGGGGCACGACUCUGAUAUUUCAGACAGAAUGGAUGUGGACAGUCUUAGCUACCCAUCGGAAGAUUCCUUCACCGUACGUGACUUCGAGACAGGGCGUCCAGAAACCAUGGUCUGUUCGACCUUCAAGAUCAAGCACUGUGAUCCUUAUCCAAGAUACUUCGCAUGUACACCUUCGUCUUGCAAUAUUCUCAGCACGCAUGAUUAUCGAAUAUGUCGCUUUAUACCGUUUGGUGGUGAGCCUGGUUUCAACGAGCUGGAGUAUAUCGGUAUGGAGGAAUUCGAGAGCUUUCAAUGGCAGGACCAUUGGCGGGAUCCUGACGAAUAUGUGAUUGCGGCUACAGUUAUCAAACAGCUAACCGAGGACAAAAACCAAGAUAAUUUUGUGGAAAGGAUUACAUACGAAGAUAUUGAUAAAUACCUGCCAUUCACAUGUGGUGAGGUACUCUACGAGAUGUCUCAGAGAGAUUCUCUUCUUUGGCCUGGAUCAGUCACAUUUGGAGAGAUAGCAGAUAAUUCCAGGCCCCAAAUUCAAUCAUCUGAGAAGAGCCUAUUCAACCAAGUCAUAAAUAAUAUGCAGCAGCAUUUCUGUCCUUAUAUAGACUGCAUUAGGCCUCUAUGCAUUCUUCAUGCUAUAAGCCCUUGGGAACCUCAUCACCCUCAACCUUCCAUCACUAGUACAGAGAUUGCUGAGGGUGUCACUAAACCUUGUGGACCUUCAUGUUUCAAAACCAAGAAGAACCUUGCAAGUAUUUACCUUGAUCAAAUAACACUUUCUAAUCAAAUCUCUCAGGUAGUACAUGAUACUGUUACCUUGGCUCCAGAUGGUCCUUCAUGUGACCUCUCAGUAAUUUGCAAGAGGCCAUGCUAUGAGAUCUAUCUUUAUAGGUCUAAAUUAUUCAAAGAUGAUGAUAUUCUUUUAGAGAGAAACAGACUUAUUCCCAAGAUUAAGAAACCACAAAAGUUUGUUGACUAUAAUGAUGAAGUUACAAACUUCACAAUGAAGGACCCAUGUACACAUAAAGGACCUUGUAGCACAACUUGUCCAUGCUUCUUAGCAAAUAUGCAUUGCUCAAGAAAUUGUUUCUGCAAAUUGUCAUGUCCUCUCAGACCUUCUGGUUGUACUUGUUACAAGUCAAAGAACUGUAAGGAGACAAUUGAGAGAAAGGCCCAGUGCAAAUGUGUCAAGAACAACUGGGAGUGUGAUCCUGAAUUAUGUAGACUUGUUGUUGGAGUUAAGAACAAGCAACAGAGAAAGAAAUAUGAUGAUCCUCAAAGUGGAUGUAUACAUGGGUGUGCAAAUACAGUGCUUCAAAAAGGUUUACUUCCAGCUACUGAAGUGAAGCAAGGUUCUUUUGGCCUUGGGGUAUUUGCCAUGCAGAAGAUCAAAAAGUUCAAUUUUCUUGGAGAAUAUACUGCAGAGUCAUUUUGGAGACAUGAUGUAACUCAUGAACCAAUUUGGUCCUACACUGGUCUCAACUACAACUUUGGUCUUAAUUCAUCUCAAAAUCUGGAUGCAAUCACUGUGGGCAAUGUAACAAGAUAUUUCAAUCACUCAGUGACACCCAAUGUGUUAGCAAAUACACUAGUUGUAAAUGGUGAACACAGAAUAGCCUUCUAUGCAGCCAGAGAUAUCAAAAAGGGGGAAGAAUUAUUAUUCAAUUAUGGAGACCAAUAUUGGCAACAGAGUCACUAGGCUUCAUAUUUAUCUUGCAUAUCAUACAGGAGACUACAUACAUACUCACAUACAUGGAAUGAAACCAUUGAAAGCAUUCUCACAUAACAAUUAACUGAUCAAUAAGAAGGGGUAUCCUGUCUCUGACAUGAAUAUU